AUGUCAUGCAGUUGUUCCAUUUCUUUCGUCUGGGCUAACCGGUUAAACCCCUGCAGCCCCGAGUUCACAGUCGCUCUCGUCCGCACCCCCUUCCUGACCCCACGCCAUGCCCAAUUCCGCGUCCCUCUCGAAUUCAACAAGCUCGACUUGCGAGACUAUCUUAAGCGGGGAUAUGGCGUCGAUGUUCUCGGCAUCCGCAGCUACAUCGAGCAGAAGCCCAUCACCCGUAUCACCCGCGAUGGCCGUAACCUAGGCCAAUGGCGACGACCAAAGUCCCAGAAGCGAAUGACAGUCGAGUUGGUGGAGCCGUUUGUAUAUCCCGAGGAACCCAAGGACAUGUCUCCAUGGGAAAAGGAGGCUUGGGACUCAGCCGCAAAAUACCAGGAUAAGGUACAGAAACAGAACCGCCAGAAGGGCCACUCAGCGGAAGAGCCAGACACAGAGCUGCGGGAGGCGUACAAGAAACAGGCAGAGGAGCUUAAAGAGAACAAGUCUGGGUGGCGACCUACAUGGAAGGCUCUGGGCGUGGACUUUGCGCACAAGGAGUUGGCCAACAACGGUGGCUAUCGCAACCCUCUUCCCAAGUACCUGGGAGGCCGCCGCUAG